UCUGAUAAUAAUAAUAAUAACAUAGUGAAGCAGUGUUGCCACCGACAACUUUAUUUUCUUUGGUGCUUUUCGGCAUCAGUCGAGAACAAACUGAACAAACUGUACGUCAUUUUUUCUUACAAAAUCUGGCAACACAGUUUUGCUAUAAAUAUACCCCGUAUUCUAGGGUUCUUGGGAUAAGUAGAGUUUGUAACUCAUUAGUGGCAGUGCCAGAGUUAGGUUAGUUGUGUUUCAUUUAGUGCCCGAAUGUUUUGCUAAAAUGGGUCAAACGGAAACAAAAUACGAAAAUCGUCGCAGGUCGCAACAAGUGCUGUCACAAUAUGCACGAGAACGCCAACAAACCCAACAGCAAGAAACCCAACAGCAGCAAGUACCCCAGCAUCAGUUUGCAGCGAAUCAACAGCAAUCAGGACAAGAGCAACAUUCUCAACAACAGUACCAUCAACAAUUUCCGGAGCAAGUACAACAACAAGGUCAACAACAGCAGAAACAACACCAAAAUCAACAACGCCCCCGACAGUACAACGGUCACCAAAAAAAUCAGCAAACGAAUCAACAUUCCUCUCAGCAGAAUCAGCAACAGCAGUAUAAACCUCGCCAACAAAAUUAUCAACAACAGCAAGGUGGACAACGCCAUUUUCAACAAAAUCAACGCACACACCAGCAGCCGCGAGGAGGGAAACAGUACCAAUAUCAACAACGUCCACAAUUUCAACAACAAUCAAACUAUGAUCAUCCAUCAAAUCAUCAAAGGUUUAACACAAACGCGGACGAAGAAUCGAAAGUGAUAGUAAAAGUGGAACUAGAUCAACAACCGAUUCGGCACCAUGGACCCCCACAGGCCUCAUAUUAUGAACCACCGCCAUACCAACCGCCAUAUCCUGGACCUCCACAGCCACCCUAUUAUGGCCCAGGUCCUUACGGCCCCCUGUAUCAAUAUGGACCACCACCGAAUCAAUACUAUGGCCCAAAUCCUAACCAGUACUGCGGUCCUCCACAGGGACCAUAUCCAGGACCGCAUACAGGACAUUAUUACAAUCAGAAUAAUCGAAGGGGUCGUGGGGGCGGCCGUGGUCGCGGUCGGGGACGAAAUAAAACGCGACAAUAUAAAAAUAAGAAAGAAGCGGGAAAUAAUAAGAAAAGUGAUGGAGAGAGCAAAACGAGCGAUAAUAGUGAAGAAAGCGAUAAGUCUGACUCUGAUGAGUAUUCAAAAACAUGUUGAUUUUCUUGGCGUCGCGUCGGUUCUAAUAUUUAGUUUGACGAGUGUUUUGUGUAUAUUUUUUUUUCAAUAUUUUUGUAAAAUAAAGGGUUAUUACGUAGUAUAAUUUUGCCCCUAGAAUUCCUACUCUUGAUGUUGGCAAGAGAAGAAUCUAGGUAACGUUAUUAAUAUACAGUUUUAUCAUGUUAAAGAUUAUGACUCCUUGUAACACUGAUAUCGUUUAUGUAUUUUUGUUUUAUUAUUGUUUUGUGGCGCUUUAUUUUAAUUAUGAACUUAAUAUUUUUUAAGAAGGAAAUAAAUGCGUGCUUGGUCUACAGAGAUAUUUAAAAAAAUGAAGGUGAUUUUUAAAAAUCUAUAGCACGAGUUGUGAUUAAAUUAGAUCCUUCACAUGGCAACUCUUUAUUGGAGCUAGACACCAUAUAUUUAGUUAAACACAAAUGUACCAGGAGAAGACGAUGUUCUCUCUUUCACUAAAAUGAUACAAGUUUAUUUCAUAUAAUAUUUUAGAUGGUAGUUUAAAUCAAAAUGUGUAAUUUUUCUAGCCUUAAACUUAU